AUGGUUGACACAACAACAAAACUUAAAACAGUCUUGUCCGAUGAAGAUCUUCGUAAACAGCAGGAGCAUGACGCUGAAUGUUUUGUAUGUCGUAAUUCUCAUAUCUACGUCAAACCCAUUGGUGUUCAAAAUAAAUCUGAUUCAGAGACAAAGCAUCGAUGUUCAACGUCACAAAAACCAUUGUCAGACGAAGAAAUCAGUGAAUUGAGUAAGAAGAAAAAGUUAAGCCGACAAGAUGUAAAAAAGUUAUUGCAAUCCUAUUUUCCUGAAAUAAAAGGUGCAAAAUAUUUUCAAUUACACAAAUAUCAUUCGUGUUGUUAUGACCCUGACCAUAUUAAUAAUUCAAAAAAUCAUAUUACAGCUCUUCAGUAUGAAAAACAUGAAGAACACAAUCAUCGUCAUCAUUAUCCUGACCGCAACAAUAAUGGUCCCGUAGAAGAUGGAACAAAUAAAGUUAGUUUUGUUAGGAUCAAAAUAGAACCGACUAACGGUAUUCCUACACGAUUUCUUGGACCAACUGCGCUACCGGAACCAUUGGCUGAUAUGCUCAUAAAACAGGUUAAUCGUCUUGAAAACAAAAAGAACAAUAAAAGUGAAAAACAAUCACUAAUACCAAACAGUGCACCGUCUUAUAACGUAAGACGUUUGAAAUCACCAUUAUACGAGCAUACAACAUCUCUACUCUCUGACAAAUCGAAUAACACGAAAACCGACGAUGAAGAUGACGAAAAUAGUGACACCGCUGAAAGUACACAUGAGGAAGAAGAGAAAGAACGAAGCGACCCUGAGAUGUCCACAAUCCAAAUCAAUUCAGCCGGUGAAUUUGAAGGAAAAGUUAUGGAUGGAUCACAUCUCAAUUUUGAACACUAUUUACAAGAAACAGCUAUACAAGUACAAAACCAAACUCAACCUAAAGCAAGAGAACGAAGCAAUGAAAUAAAAAGUAAAGUAACUAAACCAGAUCACCAUACGAAACGAGAACAAAAAGAAAAUAAACCAUCAACAGCAAAAACAACGAAAAAUAAAGAUUUGACUGUUGAAGAUUUGGAUCAAGUAAAACCGUCGUACACAGGACAUAACUAUCAAGAAGAAAAACCAAAAAAGAAUAAGAAGAAACAAAGAAAGCGACUUACUGUUAAUGCUCAUGAGCAUAAUACUUUACGUCAUUGGGAAGUGAAAGCACUUGAACAAGCCUAUGAGGAACCAUGUGAACUUCAUCAUGUGAAGAAGUGUAGUUCCUGUGAAGCGAAUCAUUUACUCUACAAAUGGUGUCGUUGUAAAGAACAUCAACAUGAGCUGUUCGAGGAUCAACAGCGAAAACGAAGACGAUCUAUGGUCACCACAUUUCGUUCAACUGAACCAACAUCGGCUUCACAGCCUCAAGCCCCACCGAUAGUGAAAAUGCCACCACCUGUAAUCAAAAAAUCGAUUUUGAAAUCAACGGGAAGCAAUGCAAUGAAACCGAGGGCUACGAAACUAGCGUUAUCUUACGAUCCGGCAGCUGCAGACUACGAUAUGAUUCAAGAAGCCAUCUAUUAUCGAACAUCUUCUGGAAGACUUAUUAAACCUGAAGUGUCAAAUGCAUUCGCCUACGAUACAAUACCUCAAUCAACGACACGCCAAAAUACUGCUAAUUAUCAGCAACCGGUUAACAACAUCUACAUGAUGCCGAAUGGGGAAAUUCAGCAACUAAAUCGAAGAAAAGCUCCACAACAGCACGUACAACUUGGCAGAAAUAUGAAUGAUUCAUCUGGUACGUUGAUAUUAUCAAAUGGCGGUUCAAUGUAUCGGGGUCAAAUAGCAGAUAUGAAUAAUCAUUCAAUGCCUUUAAUCACAUUACCAUACCAGACAACGCCCAUGCCGCCAUAUUAUUAUAAUCAACCAAAUUUGAUGAACCCAAUAGCAAAUGGUUACUAUUUACCACAGCCUGUUAUAGCAACAACACAAUGGUCACCUGUCUCAAAUCUACCCGUGCAUCACCAACCAGCAGAAUUCACUUUAGCAACUAUUAAUGAUCCUCGCUCUCUACCGGCACAGGUGAAUGAUGCAUCAUCUCCCAUUUUGAAUCCAGGGUCACAAAUACUAACUAAUUCAACCGUACCAAGAGUUUCUGAAAGAACUCCUGUAACAUUACCAAAAAGUUUAAAUAAAACUGCUAAAAAGUCCAAAGCUCCGAAGAACACUGUCAAAGGCACAAAUAAUGAUCUUAAGAAGACUGCAAACAACAAAAACUACAUUGUUAAAAAUACUCAUAAUAAAUCAUCACUCGAACGUCAAUCAAGUAUCUUCACUCAUCGACGAUGGUUCGAUCAAGCAUUGGGUGAUCAAAAUUUAGAACCAGUUCAAGAAAGUAAAUAUGGCUUAAUUGUUGCUGGUAGUGAUCAAGAAUGGAUUCCUACUGGACAAAAAACUGUGACAUUUCAGGGUGAUAAUGAUCUACAAACACACUAUCGCAAGACAAACAACAUGCACUAUUCGCAGCAGAUCGAAGAAGAAGAAAGAAGUGGCUGUAUUAUAUCAUAA